UAGUUCCUUCAUUUUCCCCCAAAUUGUCAUAAUCCAUUUAUCGUGAAACCCUAGCCACCACCAAACAAAACCCUAACCCACCAAUUUCUAUGGCCCGGAAACGGAAAACCCGCGCUGCUGAACUCCCUCAGGACCCCGAAAUCGUGCAGCACGAGGAGGAACCCGAGCCCGAGCCUGAGGUCAAGGUCGAGGAGCUUGAGCCCGAGCAAACAGUAGGAGAAGAGGAAGAGGAAGAGGAAGAGGGAGACGGGGAAGGAGAGGAAGAUGAAGAGGAAGAGGAAGAGGAAGAGGAGGAAGAAGAAGAAGCGGUCGACGAGGAAGAGGAGCAGCCGGACAACAUGGAGGAACACAAGGACGACGAUAUUCCGGAGACGGUCGCCCAAAUUAAAGAUGAAAUUAAAGAGGAGCCCUCCGAGGACGUCAUUUCAGAGAAUGGCGGUGGUGUUGGUGCUCAAGGUGAGGAUGAGGAUUUUGAGGAAGAGCCCUUGGAGAAGCUUCUCGAGCCUUUCUCUAAGGACCAGCUCACUCUUCUAAUCAAAGAAGCGCUUGGAAAACACCCAGAUCUAGCUGAGAUUGUGCACAGGAUGGCCGACUCCGACCCUGCCCACUGCAAGAUUUUUGUCCACGGCCUUGGUUGGGAUGCCAAUGCGGAGACAAUUACGUCGGUGUUUGGGAAGUAUGGUGACAUUGAGGACUGUAAGGUGGUUAGAGAUAAGAAUUCCGGGAAAUCGAAGGGAUAUGGUUUCAUUCUUUUCAAGAAUAGGGAUGGGGCUCGUCGCGCUCUCAAGGAACCUCAGAAGUUGAUUGAAGGCCGAAUGACUUCUUGCCAACUGGCGUCGGCUGGGCCAGUUCAGACUCCCACGCAGACUGCAGCGCCGUCCGUUUCUGUACCACCCGCGUCGGAGUACACGCAGAGGAAGAUAUACGUUAGCAAUGUGUCUGCCGAACUUGAGCCGAAAAAGCUUUUGGACUACUUCUCCAAAUUUGGGGAGAUCGAGGAAGGGCCUUUGGGUUUGGAUAAACAGACCGGGAAGCCUAGGGGUUUCUGUUUGUUUGUGUAUAAGAGUAUUGAGAGUGCAAAAAAGGCGCUGGAUGAGCCGCACAAGCAUUUCGAGGGUCAGAUACUGCACUGCCAGAAGGCAAUUGAUGGCCCGAAACACAGCAAGGGUUUCUUCAACCAGCAGCAUGGUCAGCAGCAGCCGCAGCCGCAGCAACAUCAUCACCAGGGGCCCCAAGGGUAUUAUCAUCAUCAAGCUAAGAAAGGGAGAUAUGCUGGUAGUGGUGGUGUGGGGCACACAGGUGGACACUUGAUGGCUCCAAGUGCCGGACCUGCUGUUCCUUCUGUAGGGUUUAAUCCAGCAGUUGCCCCUGCUGCCAUAGGACAGGCUGUGGCAGCACUGCUGGCUACUCAGGGGGCUGGAUUGGGAAUUGGCAAUUUGCUUGGGGGGAUUGGAAAUCCACAGGGUGUACCACCUAUGAUGAACAAUGCAGGUUACGGAGGUCAAGGUGCUGGUGGCUAUGGAGGUCAACCUGGUAUGCAGGGGGGUUAUGGUGGCCAGCCACAGAUGGGUCAGGGUGGUGUAAGGCCACAUCAGGGUGGGGCACCCUAUAUGGGUCAUGGUCACUAGGUAAGCGGAGAUUCUUCAUAAAUGCAUCAAUCUUUUAGUUUUGGACUCUGGUGAUUCUUCUGAAGUUCGGGCAAUCAUGCUAAUGAAGUCUUUCCUUGUAGCAAAAAGUUUCCAUUUGCCUAAAGACUAGAAUCUAAAAUAUGUACCAUGUUUCUCUUUUUAUUACUUCUAUAUGUUGAAUAUUUUUCUAAAAUGUCUUAUUUCAGUCUAAUAACAACUUUUCGAAAAGGUUGAGUACUAGUUACUUGAUUCCCACUUCUGUGUCUCUGAGAUUUUGGGUGUUGGUUAAGUAUGUAUCUUUACUUUCAACUUCCGUUUGAUUUAUUUGAGAAACUACAUUUUAGUAUCCAA